AUGCAAUACAUUACGUAUUAAAAUGUUGAAGUAAAGUUACAAAAUAGGGGAGCAAAGAGGAGAGAUUAAUUGUAGAUUGGGAGCACAGGGGGGAAAUUCAUGGAAGCUGUGGUAUAUAAGUGGAACCUUCAAGAAUGGGUGGGAUUAAAAAAAAAGAAGGAGGAGGAGGAGGGAUAGGGUUUCAACUGAUGUAGAUGGGGAGGACAUUCCAAGCAGAGGUGGUGGUACUGUCCUUUGAGAGCCCAAUUGAGGAGUAAGACCAAUGGAGGAAGGGCAAAAUAGAGACGCUCAAAAGCUUUUUAGCUUUUGUUGAGUCUGACCUUCAAAGAUUGUCUCUGUUAUUUUGCUUUUUGUGUUGUGAAUUUCCCAGAAUCCAGAUCUAGCCCUAUUCAAAUGGAUCAGCUAUCAGAUGAAGAAAUCGACCAUGGUGCUGAAGAAGACAGCGAUAAGGAAGAUCAGGACCUGGACAAAAUGUUUGGAGCCUGGCUAGGGGAGCUAGACAAACUCACUCAGAGUUUGGAUUCUGACAAGCCCAUGGAACCAGUAAAAAGAUCUCCUCUUCGUCAGGAAACAAAUAUGGCCAAUUUUUCUUAUCGCUUCUCCAUAUACAACUUGAAUGAAGCUCUGAAUCAGGGAGAAACUGUGGAUCUGGAUGCCCUGAUGGCCGAUCUUUGCUCCAUAGAGCAGGAGCUCAGCAGUAUUGGUGCAGGAAAUAGUAAGCGUCAAAUCACAGAAACAAAAGCCACUCAGAAAUUACCUGCUAGCCGACAUACAUCAAAACAUGGCACUUUGAAAGGAUUGUCUUCUUCAUCUAACAGGAUAACUAAACCAUCACAUGCCAACUAUUCCCUCGAUGACAUCACUGCACAGUUAGAACAGGCUUCCUUGAGCAUGGAUGAGGCUGCUCAGCAAUCUGUACUAGAAGAUACUAAGCCCUUAGUAACUAAUCAGCACAGAAGAACAGCAUCAGCAGGCACAGUGAGCGAUGCUGAAGUGCGCUCUAUUAGUAACUCCUCUCGUUCCAGCAUCACCUCUGCAACCUCCAGCAUGGACUCUUUGGAUAUUGAUAAAGUAACACGCCCUCAAGAACUGGAUUUGACACAUCAGGGGCAGCCAAUUACUGAGCAUGCUAUUUCUCUGAGAUGUUCCAGCAAGCAGGCCAAGCAUCAUAUUGACUUCACAGAAGAACAGGCUGAGCUGACACCUCACUCCUAUCUGGACAGGGAAACCUCCCUUCUUCUGAGAAACAUUGCAGGAAAACCUUCUCAUUUGCUGACCAAGGAAGAACAGGCAGCAAAAUUGAAAGCUGAGAAGAUCAGAGUUGCCCUGGAGAAAAUUAAAGAGGCGCAAGUGAAAAAGCUGGUGAUUAGAGUCCACAUGUCUGACGAUAGUUCUAAAACAAUGAUGGUGGAUGAGAGGCAGACAGUGAGACAAGUGCUGGAUAACCUAAUGGACAAAUCCCACUGCGGUUAUAGUUUAGACUGGUCGCUGGUAGAAACCAUCUCUGAAUUACAAAUGGAGAGAAUCUUUGAAGACCAUGAAAACUUGGUUGAAAAUCUUCUUAAUUGGACAAGAGAUAGCCAAAACAAGCUUAUAUUUAUGGAACGUAUAGAAAAAUAUGCACUUUUCAAAAACCCACAGAAUUAUCUUCUGGGGAAAAAGGAAACUGCUGAAAUGGCAGAUAGAAACAAAGAAGUGCUAUUGGAGGAAUGUUUUUGUGGAAGUUCUGUAACUGUACCAGAAAUUGAAGGAGUCCUGUGGUUGAAAGAUGAUGGCAAAAAGUCCUGGAAAAAGCGCUAUUUUCUCUUGCGAGCAUCUGGUAUCUACUAUGUCCCUAAAGGAAAAGCAAAGGUCUCUCGGGAACUGGUGUGCUUUCUCCAACUGGAUCAUGUCAAUGUUUAUUAUGGACAGGACUACCGGAACAAAUACAAAGCACCUACAGAUUAUUGUCUGGUGCUAAAGCACCCACAGAUCCAGAAGAAAUCUCAGUACAUCAAGUACCUUUGUUGUGAUGAUGUGAGGACCCUGCAUCAGUGGGUCAAUGGUAUCCGCAUUGCAAAGUAUGGGAAACAGCUCUACAUGAACUAUCAAGAAGCCUUGAAGAGGACAGAGUCAGCUUAUGAUUGGACUUCCUUAUCCAGCUCCAGCAUUAAAUCAGGAUCCAGUUCUUCGAGCAUCCCAGAGUCUCAGUCAAAUCAUUCUAAUCAAUCUGACAGUGGAGUGUCUGAUACUCAGCCAGCAGGACACAUCCGCUCCCAGAGUAUUGUGAGCUCCAUCUUCUCUGAAGCCUGGAAACGUGGCACUCAGUUGGAAGAAUCCAGCAAGUAAAACAAAUGUAAAGAAUGCCCCCCCUUUACCUGCAUUGCUGGACUUCUGUGCAUGUUGGAUGCAAGUGUCUCAUACGAACACGAGUGUGUGUGUCAAGCUCAUUCAUUCCUGUGUGACUGUGCACGCCCUGCUGAACAUUCUCAUAUUCUCACGUGUCAGCUUGCUAGCAUCACAAAGCCAUCCUCAUUCCUCGGGAGGCCCUCCACCAGCACUCCUAAACCCAGUUACGGCAUCUGCUUGAUGUGGAUGCAGCCAUGGACUGAAAGGUGAACUCGAGCCAUCACAUCUCCGCUUGCCACGGUCCGGGGGGGUCAGUGCACAGAAGUCCUCCCACGGGGGCUCCUGUUCGUGGCAGGUGUGUGAAAGUCAGGGCUCAAAAAUCAGCCCAUCACUGAUCAGCAGGACAUUUUCCCUAGAUGUUAGGCAGUCUUGCCAUUUGAGAGUAUUGCUGGUGAACAAAUUCGCUGUGCCCUUGUUGCCCAGGGAGUCUGAUUUUCGCCUUCCUGACAUUGUCCCCCUGCUGAGUCCUUUCUCGCUUGUCCCAGAUUCCUUGCUGUUGAGUUUGACGCAAUCAAAGCUUACCCCUGUAACUGUUGUGUUUGUUGUGUUUUCUCUCUCCCACCCCACCCCCCUUUUAUGUUCC